AUGAUAAACAAUCGUCGAUCAUUUGAAUUCACAACAUCGUUAAUAUUCAACGAUCAACACCAAGAUUUGAUACACCAUGUCGAAUUUGAUUAUUAUGGACGUCGACUAGCGACAUCGUCAAGCGAUAGUACAAUCUGUGUUUGGGAUCUGAAGCCGAAUGCGACUUGGAUUAAAUCGUCGUCGUGGAAGAGUCAUACUGGACCUAUUUGGAAAGUUAUAUGGGCUCAUCCUGAAUUCGGGCAAAUUUUGGCGACGUGUUCAUUUGAUCGAAGUAUUAUUAUUUGGGAAGAAACAAAGUUGCUAUUUGCUAAACACAGCGAUUUUCAUAUCUCUAAUACAGGUAUACAUUCGGAGCGAAAAAAGGGGAAUAAAUUUUGGAAACGUUGCUGUCAGCUUGUCGAUAGCCGUCACAACGUCACAGAUAUUAAAUUCGCUCCAAAGCAUCUCGGCCUAAUGAUUGCAACAGUAUCAUCGCAAGGUAUUUUGCGAGUUUACGAAGCGCCAGAUGUGAUGAAUUUAUCGUCAUGGGGUUUAGUUCAUGAUUUUACCGCUUUACCAUGUCGAUGUAGCGCUCUUUCUUGGAGUACGAAUCGAUUGUCUUUACCCCUUAUUGCUGUCUCGUCAGAUGAUGCUGAAAGUUCUGGGAAACAUGUCGUAAUUUUCGAAUUUAGAUUCGAUAAAAGCGGAAAGCAUUUUUUUUGGAAUUGGCGAGAUGUAACAUCAUUAAAAAUCAAUGAUCCGGUUACGGAUAUUGCAUUUGCUCCGUCUGCUGGCCGUUCAUAUCAUAUGUUGGCUAUUGCCUCAAAGGAUAUUUCAAUUUAUAAAAUAACUGAAGUUAAUAAACGAAUGGAUGAUGAAAUGUUUGAUACCGGUGAACCAAUUGAAUAUGAAACAACGCUUAUAGAAUCGUUGGAAGGGAGUUCUCAAAGUACUAUGGAGAAAAGUUCGAAAAGAUCUGAUGUGCACAAAGAUAUUACUGGAAUUAUAAAACCUACUGAUUAUGAAAUAUCACUAUUGGAAUCAUUAGAACAUCCAUAUCAUCCUGCAAUUUUAAUUUGGAGGAUAUCUUGGAAUAUCACUGGGACUGUAUUAACUGCAGGCAGUUCUGAUGGAGUUAUUCGAGUUUGGAAAUCAUCAUUUUUAAAAAAAUGGACAUUGAUUUCUGUGAUAAAAGCAAAUGAGAGCAAAAAAGAAGAUGACGCUUUAGAGUCAGGAACAGUUACGGAUCUCGCUCAAACUCUUGCCAAAGAUAAUCAUAAUGUUGAAAAUCGUGAAGAAAUUAACAAACUUCGAGCCAGUCACGAUAUUGAUGCACUUCGCUCGAGAAUGUGCGGUAAAUUAAAAUUCGGAACUGCUGGAAUUCGCGCAAGAAUGGAAGCUGGCUUCAAUCGUUUAAAUGAUCUUACUAUAUUAAUGUUAACGCAUGGAUUCGUUACGCAUAUGAAGAAAUUUUAUAAGAAUGAUUGCAAAGGUUUUGCUAUUGGAUACGAUGGACGUUAUAAUAGCAAAAGAUGGGCUGAUUUGGCUGCUAAUGUUUUUGUGAAGAAUGGCAUAAAAGUUUAUGUUUUUUCAACUACUUGUCCUACUCCUUUAGCAGCAUAUGCAACUUCAAAAUUAAACUGUGGAGCCGGUCUUAUGAUUACGGCAUCUCAUAAUCCAAAAGAUGAUAAUGGAUAUAAAGCAUAUUGGGCAAAUGGAGCACAAAUUUUGGCGCCUCACGAUGAUGAAAUUUGUCGAUAUGCAUACGAGACGACGGAACUAAAAGAUGAAUAUUGGAAUUUAUCAGAUCUGACAACAAAUCCUCUUUAUAAUUUGGCCGAUUCUGUUAUAGAUGAAUACUAUAAAGAAGAAGCAUAUCUAUGUCACCACAGGUCAACAAAUCAAGCUUGUCAAUUGAAAUUUACCUAUUCUGCUUUUCAUGGUGUUGGCCUGCCAUAUUUUUGCAGAAUUAUGGAUGUGUUUGGAUUUCCAGCAAAUAAUAUUGUUAUUGUUGAAGCGCAAGCUAAGCCAGAUCCAGAAUUUCCAACAGUGCCGUUUCCUAAUCCAGAGGAAGGUUUAUCUGUUCUGAAACUGUCGAUUGAGACAGCUGAUCGAAACGGCUCUACUAUUAUUCUGGCUAAUGAUCCAGACGCAGACAGAUUUCAGUUAGCCGAAAAGCAAGCAAAUGAUGAAUGGCGAGUAUUUUCUGGCAAUGAGAUGGGAACACUAAUUACUUGGUGGAUGUGGCUAUGUUGGCGUGAAAAAAAUCCAUCUGCGGAUCCUUCUAAUGUUUACUUCUUGAAUAGUACUGUAUCUUCAUCUGUGGUAAAGACAAUGGCUGACAAAGAAGGGUUCAAAAAUGAGUUGACACUGACUGGAUUCAAGUGGAUGGGAAACAAGGCUGAUGAACUUCGUACUAAGGGUAAAUUGGUCAUACUUGCUUGGGAAGAAUCUAUUGGUUUUAUGCCAGGGCAUUCACUGGACAAAGACGGAAUCAUAGCAGCCGCUAUUUUCGCAGAAAUCGCUUCUUAUCUAAGUUCAAAAGGGUCUUCUUUGACCAAACAGCUGUUUAACAUUUAUAAAAAAUAUGGUUUUCAUCUUAUGUCCAGUUCAUAUUGGUUCGUUCCUAAGUCGGAUACUGUUAAAAAUAUUUUCACAAAACUUCGAAAGGAUCAUAAAUAUCCGACAAUAAUUGGACCCUAUAAUGUAAAAUAUGUUCGUGAUUUGACAGUUGGAUAUGAUAAUGAGCAAGUAGACAACAAACCCAUUUUGCCCCUGAGUACCUCAUCAGAAAUGAUAACCUUCACGCUUUCGAAUGGAAGUCUUGCAACAAUUCGCGCCAGUGGAACUGAGCCAAAGAUUAAAUACUAUAUUGAGCUAAAAACCGAUCCGGGAAAGGAUGAAAAGGAUCUUGGGAAUGUCAUGGAUGAGCUUUCCAAAUUGGAGAAAGUUGUUGUUGAUACUUUACUUGAACCCGAACUUAAUGGACUUAUAGCGCGCAAGUGA